CUUUGAAUGAAAUUUGUCAUUGGAAAAAACUUUCUCGAUAUAAAUAUCUUAGUUAAUAGCUAACGGCAUAAUCACACGUCUCAUCAAGUCUUCCUAAGCGGGAUGGAGAAAAAGUCUGGAGAUACAGAGAAAACAAAUGGGCAGGACCACCCCACCCCAUCAGUUAACGAGAGGCCCUGCAAGGAGCACUCAUUCCUCACAGAUGUGGCAGAUGUGCGUGUCAUGGAGCAGGGCCUCCUACAACUUCUUGAGGACUUCCACUCUGGAAAAAUACAGGCUUUUGGUGGCACAAACAUGUUUGAUAGAAUGAACGAGAUCCGCGAGAAGCAGGAGAAGUUGGCUCAGCUGCAUUUCGAGCAGGAUUUACAACAGGAUAUGAGAAGGAUGGCUUCGGAAGAGGCAAGAACAAGAAACUAUGAAAAUAUCAAUAAAAUGAUUGGAAAGCUCCAAGAUCUCAGCACAUCAAUACAGCAAGUCCAAAGAAAUCAGGUAUAUGAGAGUCAUCAUAAGAAAUGACAGGGCUUCACCCAAUGCUCGGCCAACUCUUCACGAAGCUGCUUCCUCUUGCGGUACCACACACAUACUCAAUAGUCGUGAUAUAGUUUUGCAGGCUGCAGAGGUAUUGUCUCCUGACUGUCAAGGGAAAUUUUCCUCUUAGGAAUUAGGAACAAAGGAAAGUUACCAUAAUGUUAACAUGUUUUAUCAAUAUGUGUUAUAAUGCUUGUAAACAUAUCUUUUUUUUCCGACUUGUAUGCAAAAUCCGCAUGUAUGUUAAAAUGAUUUUUGAACUGUUGACCUAUUUUGUAUAUAAUACUUUUCAAAUUUUAAUUAAUUUUUUUACAAAUUAGAUUAUUAAUCAUUUGAAGAUAUACACUACUACAUUGUUCAAGAAGCAACAGAAAGGAAUCAUUCAUGAUCUGUAAAUUUCUUGUAACUAAGUUAGGGUUUUAAUGACAUCUGAAUGCCUUUUGCUCAAUCAAGCGGCAAAAAGAUAUUCCACAUUUCUAUUGUGAUUGGUUUUCGUCUGUCAUCACAAAAGGUAACAAUAAUGCAUCCAUGUCACACUGAUUAGAGGCGGAUCCAGGAAAGACAUCAGUUGGGUGGGGGGCGUAAAUUGGGGGCAUAACUUUUUGACUUUGACUGAAAGUGUUGGCAGGGGGGUUUGGGGCUACUCACCCAAGUAAAAUUUCGAAAUAUCUGAAAAGGUACAUUUUGCGGGUUGUUUAUUUCUUUUUUUUCCUUUAUUGAAAUAAAAAGUAAACUUGGUUAAAUUAUGGUUAUACAAUAUACAACACAGUGUAGUGUCUUGGAAGGUCUUGAGAACCUCUAGGGAGAUGUUAAGCUUGCUGAUUGUUUUGAUGAUUCAUUAUGUUGAAGUAAAGCAGCAGGUCUUUUCAUUUUUUUAAAAUUAUAUAUCAUUAUCCCCUAUGGUGUCUCAUUGCAGGGUCCAGUAAUGUUAGAAGGACCUGUAAAGGAGGCUCAGCUUUGAGAUUGUUUUAAUGGUUGAGUAUCUUGAAGGAAAGUGAGUUUUUUUUAAAAUAUAACUGUCCCCUAUGUCAGAACACAUGGUAAUCUAAGUGUUUUGUCCUAGAAGGCCUUGAGAACCUCGAUGGAGAUGUUAAGCUUGGUGAUUGUUUUAAUCAUUCAUUUUGUUGAGUAUCUCAUAAUCUGGAAGUAAAGCAGCAGGUCUUUUUAGUUUUUUGUUUGUUAAAUAUCAUUGUCCAUCAUGGGUGUCAGACCACGUGGUAAUCUCAGUGAUGUGUCCUGGGAUGUCUUGAGAUCUUAAGGGAGCUCAGCUUGGUGAUUGUUUCAAUGAUGAGUUUUAAUGAUGCAUUAUGUUGAGUAUCUUGAAGUAAAUCAGCUUCUCAGUGCAGGGUCCAGGAAUGUCUGGAUAAUCUUGAGGGAGAAGCUCAGCUUGGUAAAGUCUUUAUUUUCUUUAUUAAACAUUUAACAAUA